UUAAGGGCAAGGAACUAUCUCGACAUUUCUCUUUGACUGUGAAACCGUGGGAGCGCUCUAAUUGGAGGCCGUAAAAAGAGAGGAAGUAGUUUGUUCUUUUCGGGGUUUCAUUGACGGAGACAGUCGAAGAUAAUUAAGUGCAGUUUUGUGUUCAGAAGUCGGUGUCCUGCUUUUAAUUUAUUUAAGAAAAGAAUAGACGACAGUUUGACAAUGUCCUUCAACAAAGGUCCUGCCUAUGGGUUAUCAGCGGAGGUGAAGAACAAGAUUGCACAGAAGUAUGACCCUCAGAAAGAAGAGGAGCUCAGGGUCUGGAUUGAGGAAAUCACCGGCUGCCCCAUUGGCCCCGACUUCCAAAAAGGCCUAAAAAGUGGAGUCAUUCUUUGCGAACUCAUUAACAAACUGCAGCCAGGCUCUGUGAGAAAGAUCAACCAGUCUGCUCUGAACUGGCAUCAGCUGGAAAACCUGACAAACUUCAUCAAAGCCAUCACAAAAUACGGCUUGAAGCCUCAUGACAUCUUUGAAGCCAACGACCUGUUUGAGAACGGCAACAUGACGCAGGUCCAGACAACACUGCUUGCCCUCGCUAGCAUGGCUAAGACCAAGGGUUGCCAGUCGCGGGUGGACAUUGGCAUUAAGUAUUCAGACAAACAGGAGCGGAUGUUUGAUGAGGAGAAGUUGAAGGCUGGACAAUGUGUCAUCGGCUUGCAGAUGGGGACCAACAAGUGUGCCAGCCAGGCUGGUAUGAAUGCAUAUGGCACCAGGAGGCAUUUAUAUGAUCCCAAAGUUCAAAUCCAGCCUCCCAUGGACAACACAACCAUCAGUCUGCAAAUGGGAACCAACAAGGGAGCGAGUCAGGCUGGGAUGACUGCUCCUGGGACCAGGCGGGCCAUUUAUGACCAGAAACUGGGCACAGACAAGUGCGACAACAGCACCAUGUCCCUGCAGAUGGGAUACAGCCAGGGAGCCAACCAGAGUGGGCAGAACUUUGGCCUGGGACGACAGAUCUACGAUUCCAAGUACUGCCCCAAAGCUGGAGAAGUCCCAAAUGACCAGAAUGGAGCUGGGAGUGGCCGUGACUACUUCCCUGACUACCACGAUGAAGGUUACCAGGGUUACCAGGAAGAGGAGCGGGUGUACCAUGAUGAUGGGACAGAUUAUUAAAAGGAGGAAGAGAGGUGAUUGGAAACAAAGUUGCAAGUUAUGUUAGAAAGCCUGGAGGCAGGCAGAUGGCUUAUUUUUAUAUCCAUAGGAUGUUGCACCUUAAUUUUGGGUCCCAUCCUUAUUUUAGUAUUGUAUGAAUCAUUGUCCUUAGUCCUAAUUAAUACACAUAUCAUGAUGAACUGUAAUUCUGUGAUUCUUUUUUUUUUUUUUUUUAUAUUAAAAAUAUUUAGUGAUUUUCAUUUAAAACCAACUGUUUGACUUGGCCUAUUGUUUAUUACCGGAACUUUUUGUGCCAAAGUUACAGGAAUUUCUUGUCCUAUAAGUUUUGGUUCUUUGCAGGCUUGUUUUGUUACAUGAAGGAAGAACCCCUGGUUUAAACUAAACCAACUUUGUGUAGUUUUAUUUUUUAUGAAUCCUACAAUGUCAUUUUUGUGGGGGGAAAACAAAUCCUGGUUAUAUCUGUAGUUUCUAUACUGGCUGCAUCAUCUAGACAUGCAUUCCUGUGCAUAAGACUGUACAUUUCGGUGUUAUACUGUCAGUAUCUUUAAUCCUUCGGUAUUGGUCAUUGACCUUAGUGAAGGUAGUUUUUCAGAUGAGGGAUAAAAUACAGCUUUUGAACAAACCUUGUUUUUAUUACACAAUUCUUCCUUUCUUAUCUUUAGUGGAGGAAAUGGUUUCUUUCUUUGCACAACCAGUCCAACUGGAGAUAUGUUUGUUUUCUUUGGACCAGAGGCAGCAGAGGAGUUUCAAACAUUCCAAGCAAGAAGACUGGAUUCAUUUUAAACAGUGACUGUUUAAGUAAAUAUUUCAUGAAUAGUGAUUGAUAUGCGAACAAUGCUAACAUCAUGUUUUAUCUUUUAUGAUGCUAUUUAUGCCGAGUCUGAACAAUGUUUGAUAUUUGAUUUUUGUUUUACUUCUGCAAUAAUGUUGCCUAUAGGGGAAAGCCAAACCUGUGAACGUGGUUUAAUAAAAUGCAUACAUUACAGUG